AUGGAUGCAUUGGGAUUGCACGGCAGUAGAUUUCCCGACGUCAGCUUCAGCGAGCUGCUGGGGGGCAAAAUGGCCGAGUUGGUGCCGUUGAGAAAGCAGUGGUCAGAUGUCGAUCUGUUUGAGGGUGAUAUUUUUGUCAAAGAAGGAAGGAAUGCCCUGAAGGACAAAAGAUACAGAUGGAAGUUUCCAAUACCAUACAUUUUGGGUGAUGAUUUAGAUCUGAACGCCAAGGGUUGCGUACACCAGGCUUUUGAGAUGUAUCGCCUCAAAUCUUGCAUCGACUUCAAGCCUUACGAAGGAGAGAAAACCUUCAUCAAGUUUGAAAAAAGAGGAGGGUGUUUUUCCAGUGUUGGGGACCAGCAGAACGGUCAGAUUCUGUCUUUGGGCUCAGGCUGUGACCACAAGGCGGUGAUCGAACAUGAGCUCCUCCACGCUUUAGGCUUUUACCAUGAGCAGUCUCGCACAGAUAGGGAUGAUUAUGUGGACAUAUGGCUUGAUCAGGUUCAAUCAGGACUUCAACACAAUUUCAACAAAUAUAAUGACGAUUUCAUCACAGACCAAAACACGGCUUACGACUACGAGUCCAUCAUGCAUUACAGACCUUUCUCCUUCAACAAGAAUGAGUCCAUUCCUACCAUUACCACCAAAAUCCCAGAAUUCUACAAUAUCAUUGGCCAGUACCUCGACUUCAGCAAGCAGGAUACCUUGAGGCUCAACAGGAUGUACAAUUGCUCUGGUCCUCUCACCUUGCUGGACCAAUGUGCCUUUGAGUACGCCAGCAUCUGCGGGAUGAUACAAGCGUCUUCUGAUGGUGACAACUGGGUCCACACCAAGAGCACUGUUGGCGCAGAAGAUCAUACUCUCUUGGGGAAAUGCAGAGAUGCUGGAUACUACAUGCAAUUCAGCACCUCAACUGGUAGACCCCAGGAGUCUGCUCUGCUGGAAUCUCGAACCCUCUAUCCAAAGAGGACACUUCAGUGUCUUCAAUUCUUUUAUAAGAUGACCGGAAGCACCAAGGACAGGCUUGUGAUCUGGGUCAAAAUUGAUGAUGGCACAGGCACAGUUCGCAAGAUGAAAAAACUACGCACCUUUUACGCGGAUUCUGAUCACACGUGGAAAAUUGCACAUGUCACCAUAGAAGUAGAUGUGAAAUUCCGUUACGCUUUUCAAGCUGUCCGAGGGAAUCCCUCUACCUCUACAGGAGGUAUCUACAUUGAUGAUAUCAGUCUAACUGAGACACGGUGUCCCAACGCUGUAUGGACGAUCCACAACUUCUCUCAGAUCAUGGAAACAGCCAACAUAUAUACUACCAUUGACAGCCCUCGUUUCUACAGUCCUGAGGGAUACGGUUAUGGUGUGCGUGUCAAGCCCUUGUCAGAAUACACUGACUACACAGGGAACUAUACUGGGCUAUACUUCCAUCUGGUUAGUGGGGAGAACGACGUGGUAAUGCAAUGGCCAGCGGUAAACAGACAGGCUACUCUGGUAGUGAUGGACCAAGACCCUGAUAUUUUGUUGCGGAUGUCCACUGCCCGCAGUCUUACCACGGAUAUGAGAGAAGAAACAGAUGGAACGUUCUUUUGGGACAACCCUACGAAGGUGGGGGAAUAUGACCCAUCCUGUGAUUGCUACAGAGGAGGAUCACGGGGCUGGAGAAAUUUUGUCAAACAUUUUGACCUAAGGCGGCGUAAUUACCUCAAAAAUGAUGAUCUCAUCAUUUUCGUUGACUUCGAGGACAUAACACCAUUGAUCAACACAGAAGUCCCCAUUCAACCAACUAAAUAG